CAGCGGUUGUCUCCCUUUAUUCUCAUCCAUCGGAGAUAUUGAUUUCUCCGGCGACUGAUGUUGAAAAAAAUGGAAGCAGCUUUGGGACUUCUGAGAAGAAUGCCGCCGAAGCAAUCGGAAACGGCUCUGUCAGCACUUCUCAGCCUCUUGCCUCAGCAUUCUUCCGAUCUCCUCUCUCAAGUCGAUCUCCCUCUCCAGGUGUUACGUGAUGCUGAAAGUAGGAAAGAUUUCAUCUUGUGUGAGUACAAUAGAGAUGCAGAUUCCUACAGAUCACCGUGGUCCAAUAAGUACCAUCCUCCUCUAGAGGAUGCUCUGUACCCAUCAUCAGAAUUGAGAAAGCUCGAAGUUGAAGCCAACGACAUCUUUGCUAUCUAUCGUGACCAGUAUUAUGAAGGAGGUAUAUCUUCAGUCUACAUGUGGGAGGAUGAUAAUGAAGGCUUUGUGGCAUGUUUCCUUAUCAAGAAAGAUGGGUCAAAGUCAGGUCAUGGUAGGAGAGGAUGCCUGGAAGAAGGAGCUUGGGAUGCCAUACAUGUUAUUCAGGUUGGUCCAGAGGAGGAGGAAAUGGCACAGUAUUGCUUAACAAGUACUAUUAUGCUCUCUCUCACCACCGAUGACGAACCCUCUGGCAAAUUCGGCUUAUCCGGAUCAAUUAGAAGACAAAUGAAAAUGGAGCUCGCUGUAGCAGAGGGGCAUUUGUGCAAUAUGGGGAGAAUGAUUGAAGAAUUGGAAGGCAAACUUAGAAACUCACUUGAUCAGGUUUACUUUGGGAAGACGAGAGAGAUGGUUUGUACGCUGCGUCCACCUGCUGAGAUCGUACAGAUGAGAUUACCCGACUCCUGAUGCUCCCAUCUCCUCAUCAAAUCUUUUAUGUAAUAACAUUUCAUAUCACCUCACCUUUUUUCUGUUUGUCUGUCUGAUUUUAAACGUUUCUCCAAGUGUCUUGUGUGAAUCUUGUGUGAAUGAAUGCCUCUUACUUACUUUGUCACGUGUUCU